CAGCACUUAUUUACACUUCAAAGAAGUAAAAGAAAACAAAAAUAUAGACUUAGUAUAUAAAUACAUCGUUCAGAAACUAUAUGGAUUUCCCUAUAAGAUUCCUGCUGUUGUUGUGGAAAAGGAUGCAGUAUUUAUUCCAGCAGGGUGGGAUAAUGAUAAGAAAAUAGGAAUAUUACAUGAAAAUUUUCAAACAUUAAAAGCGGAAGAUAAUUUUGAAGACAUCAUAACUAAACCACCUGUUCGAAAGUUUGUACAUGAGAAAGAAAUUAUGGCAGAAGAUGAUCAAGUGUUUCUUAUGAAGCUACAGUCCCUUUUAGCAAAGCAACCACCAACUGCAGCUGGAAGGCCUGUGGAUGCCUCACCAAGAGUCCCAGGAGGCUCCCCUCGAACGCCAAAUAGAUCUGUGUCAUCCAAUGUUGCCAGCGUGUCACCCAUCCCUGCUGGGUCAAAAACAAUUGAUCCAAACAUGAAAGCUGGAGCUACAAGUGAAGGUGUCCUGGCAAAUCUCUUCAACAGUUUAUUGAGUAAAAAGACGGGCUCUCCAGGAGCCCCUGGUGUGCGUGGUGGUAGCCCUGCAGGUGGGGCUGGAGGUGGAAGCAGUGGUUUACCACCAUCCGCCAAAAAGUCAGGCCAGAAGCCUGUCUUAGAUGUUCAUGCAGAACUAGACAGAAUCACACGAAAACCAGUUACAGUUUCUCCCACAACACCUACAUCUCCUACGGAAGGAGAAGCUUCUUGAAGAUACCAAAUAAAGCCAUUUAUUCAGUUUUCUGGGAUAAUGUAAACAUGCCUCUGCCUUUUCCUUCAAAAAUGGAAUUAGAAAGCUGGAGUGCUUCUUCAGAUGGACUAAAUGUAUGUCUUGUGUGUGUGUGUGUGGUUGCCCGUUUUUUAGAAGGAGCUAUACAGAAGAAAAAUUAUUCUACAUUAUGUAGGAUUGCUAUUUGCAUUGCCAUUUUGCAUAAGGAAGUAAUUUUUGAUUUUGAAAAUCUCAAAACUUUAAGAUCUGAAAUACAACAUGUGAUCAAUCAUAUUCUAAAGGCUAUUUAAAACAUGUAAAAGUUUAGGAGAAGGGCAGAAAACAUGCAGUUUGGGCAUUUGACUGACUUGUAAGUCUAAGCUUAUUUUAGUUAUAACUAUUAAAAUCAUUUUUAAAAAUUUGUCAGUUUUGCUGACAGAAAAAAAAUCAUCAAAUUUUGCACACCAACGUAAAUGUACCACCACACACGGAAAUGCUGAGAGAACCAUCAGAUAGCGUUUGAUACACUAGUCAUUGUCUCAAUCACUGAUCUGUAAGUUGUCAUCAAAAUAUGAUUUAGAAAUAUUGGUCAAGGUGUUUCUUUAACUGAGAAGAAAAAAAAGCACACUGCCUAAAUGUGUAAAAGAAAAAUGCAGAGGUUAUUAAAAUGUAAAGAGGUAACAAUCUUUGGAUUUGUCUAUACAUAUAUAUAUAUUUGGCUUUGCCUUAAUAUACCCCUUUUUUGUUUGUGACUUUGAACUGUAAUCAGUUAAUAAAGUAUUUAUUCUCUGCAUUCAGGUUCAAAAAAAAAAAAAAAAGAAAAGAAAAAUAAA